GACAAUAAAACAGACUUUGACUUUGAACGGCUGGGGACGAGUCGUGACACGACACACGGCAGCAGACGACUCCGCAAGGACGAGCAGGUUUUCAUGGGUGUGUCAUGGGGAAGAGUUCGAUAAGCACCCCGCCCUCCUUUUUUUAAUAAGUUAGAAAGUUGAUUAAAAAGUACCUAGUUGAAAUGCAGUAUUUGUUUUCAUUGUCAUUCGAGCAUGGCAGUGCAUGUGGGUGGACUUGUGGCUGUGAUAGCCUUUUAUGCCGUUAUUCUGCUAACUGGCAUCUUGGCCUCACGCAAAUCCAAGAAAGUGGAGAAGAAAUGCACGGGCAAAAAGAGCGAAGUCGCCAUCGUUGGGGGUCGCAACAUCAACGUCGUGAUUGGAGUUUUUACCAUGACAGCGACAUGGGUCGGAGGAGGUUACAUUAUGGGAACCGCCGAGGCUGUUUACUCCCCGGCUCAAGGUCUCGUCUGGGCUUUUGGCCCUCUUGCAUAUGUUUUGAAUUUUCUUCUAGGAGGAUUGUUUUUUGCCAAACAAAUGAGGUCCAAACGCUACGUGACUAUGUUGGACCCAUUUCAGAACCGCUACGGCCAAUUGUUCACGACGGCGAUUUUGAUUCCUGCUUUGAUCAGUGAUAUUUUGUGGACGGCCUGCAUCCUUGCCGCUCUGGGGGCAACCAUGAGCAUCAUCUUGGACCUCUCAUCGACAAUCUCCAUUCUCAUCUCUGCGGCCGUCUCCAUCAUUUAUACAUUUUUAGGAGGCCUCUACGCGGUUGCAUACACUGAUAUCAUCCAAUUGUCGUUCAUAUUUGUCAGCCUGUGGCUCUGUAUUCCGUUCGUGCUCCUCAGUCCUGCGGUGACUGACUUGGUACAAACGACUCAACUCAACCAUUCAAGCGUCCACUCGUGGAUCGGAGAGGUGAAGUUUGAGGAUGCAGGGAAAUGGACAGAUGACUUUCUCAUUUUGGCUUUAGGUGGACUGGCCUACCAGGCUUUGCACCAGAGAAUCCUGGCAGCGGCUUCCUCAUCCAAGGCUCAGAUUACUUGCUUUGGGGCCGCUGGCGCUGCUUUCUUGAUGGGAAUCCCGUCGGUGAUCAUCGGAGCUGCGGCAGCAUCCGCAGACUGGAACCAGACAGAAUACGGCCUACCGCCACCUUAUGAUCGCGGGCAGGCAGGGAAUGUCCUGCCAUUGGCUCUGUGCUACAUCACACCCAACUGGGUGUCCAUUUUGGGCAUUGGUGCCUUAGCAGCGGCGGUGAUGUCCUCCAUGGACUCAUCAUUGCUGUCGUCGGCCUCCAUGUUCACCCAAAACAUAUACAAGACGACUUUGAGAAAGCAGGCAUCGGAUAGGGAGCUACAGUGGGUGAUCAAGAUAAGUGUGCUCCUGGUGGGGCUUGCUGGAACGGGUCUGGCCUGCAACAACAGCAGCAUCCUUGCGCUCUGGAUGCUCGCUUCCGACCUGCUCUACUGCGUCAUGACCCCUCAGUUGUUUUGUGUGGUGCACCUCCGAGUGGCCAAUUGCUACGGCGCCAUCAGCGGCUACGUGAUAGCUCUGCUGCUGCGCGGGCUGAGCGGCGAGCCCGCGCUCGGCAUCCCUACUGUGCUGCUCUUCCCGGGUUGGAGGGAGCGGGAUGGCGUCAUCACGCAGUACUUUCCCUUCCGGACUCUGAUUGCGUUCAUUUCCCUGGCGGCUGUCGUUCUCGUAUCCUGGCUGGUCGAGCUGGGCUUCGCUCGCCAGCUCAUUCCUCAGUCCUGGGAUGUGUUGGAUGCGUUCAACAAGAACAUUGAGGCAGAAGAGAAGGAGAUGGCAUCGGCAAAUUCUAGUGAGGAAAAGAAGUAUGUUUCUAAUACAGCUUUAUAGGCUCACACUGUACUUGAGCACAACCUCCGAUAUCCUUGUAAUUACGCAGUUCAUCCAGUAGAGGGCGACAGUAGACCGUUCAAAGAAUGUGUGUUAGUAUUUAUUAAACGAGUGAAAUUAUUUCAGUGGUCCCUAACCUUUUCAGCACCACCGGCCGGAUUACUGUCAGACAAUAUUUUGACGGACCGGUGUUUGAUGACGUCACACUUUUCUAGAAAAUCAGAAUCAAAUGUCGAAAGCCAAAUAAGCACAGACUGCACAUUGUUCAUUGAAGUUUUUAUAUCAAAAAUCGACUUUUCACAACUCAACAAUAAAAAACAAAACAUGUUUAAAUAAAAAAGGAAGAAUGUGUUAAUGUAUUCAAGUAAAACACGUACACGUGACACAAAUAUAUAUAUUCAAAAUUUUAAAUGUGGCAUUUUUAUUAUUGUCGUCUCCAUGUCACAUUUCGCUUGGAGCAGGACAAAGAGCGCACUAGCCAGGGAAUCCAUCCCUGCCGAGUCCGGAUCCACCCCACCUUUUCCAGCCGGCCACUUUAUCCGGAGCACUAUGCGUGUGUGAGUGUGUGCAAGAGAAGCCGACUCUUGUUUACAGCGGAGAUUCCACGGAAGAUCCACUAACACACACGCACACUCUCACCGUAGGAUUUAAGCAGCUGCAACGUGGACUCGUUUCCCCUUCUCUCGACGACGAAAAAAAAAAAAAAAAAAAGACGUCGGGAGUGGAAGAA